AUGAAGAUAAUAGGUGACAAGCUGGGAAACUUAGAGCAUGGAAAUAAAUGCUUCAAGUUUCCACUUAAGCCUCUCAAAUCUAACAAAUUUAGUGUGAAACAGCAGCCAAGUUCUAUGUCAAUUGCUAAAGCAAGUUGUGUCACAAAAGCUUUUGAUAAGCUGCCAGUAAAGCAAGCAAGUGGUGGCAAUCAAGCAUGA